AGGGAUCCGAAUUCAUUCUCUCUAAACUCCCUUGUAAAAGCACCCGUGCAUACUCCGUUAUAAUAUAAAUCGGGCUACAGGUGUUCCACCUAAAGUCCUACCGGUCAAUCUGCGUGCUUUUACCUUUCUUACUUUGCCAAAUCCAGCAAACUAUUCUAGACCCGGUCUAGUAUAGUUUGACCGCUCAAGUAAUUUACACUAUCAUUUUUGGCGCCACCCGUGGGACUCUUAAGGUUUCUUCUCCUAAACACAAACCUACCCACCAAAACACCACUCGAAAUGUCUUCCAGCCAACAAAUCAACGCUACUUCCGCUCAGGUGCAGGCCACCAACGAGGGAGCCAGCAUCCCUGUGGCUGCUACCAUACCGGUCAUUUCAGCCCCGGUGUUGCCUCUGGGUCUGAGCUCUGUCCCGACGGCCAGCGUGAUCAGUCCCUUCGUGACCCUCGUCCCUUCCGCUGGACCGAGGGUAACGUUCCCACCAAGCAUGACUCAGUUCAUGAAUGACCCAGCCAACCUACAAGCCAUCCAGGGCUUCGGCCAGGUCAUGGCCAUGUGCCAGCAGAACGGGGGGAUGCCUUUCCUCCCUGGUAUGUUCCCAUUCGCCCUUCCAGGCGCGGGGACCAUGCUUCUACAAGCUCCGAUGACGGUGACGUCGUUCCAGAUGCCGAUGCCGCAACCAUCACCUUUCCAGCCCCAGCUGGUCAGCACCACGGCCCCUGUCAACUUGACCGGUGCACUUAACGCUGCAGGGCCGUCGCGUCCCCCGCAAGCUACGGAUCCGCAGAUCACUCCUGACGGUCAUUGCGUCUCGAUUGAGAGCGAUGACGACGAGUGGGACAUCCCGAGGGCCCACAAGAAGAAGAAAGGAAAAAACAUCCGGCCAGCGACCUCCCGAAACUCCGCCUUCGAAAGGCUGGGGGAUAGGGAGGAAGGCCAGAGGAAGUCAGCCAAGCAGAGGCUGGGGCAGAGUGUUGCCCAUGUCAGCGCAUUCGCCCGGCUAGGCGAGGUGCGGCCUGCCCGCACCCGGCGCUCCCGGUCUAACUGGCAGGAGCCAGCGAGGACAAGGGCCUCCCACCAGGAAGGGGAGGCAGAAAGCCAGCCCAGGUUACCGGUGGCGAACCGGUUAACCAUCCCAAACGACCGCGUCCAGCAGAUGGAGGCAAAGCUGGAAAGGCUGGAAAAGAAGGUCGGGGAGAAGAAUGACCGGGACAAACCCCUGUCAGGGUCCCCGUUCACCACAAGGGUCCAUCUGACACCUUUCCCGCGAAAGGUCAAGAUCGACGCCCCCAGAUUCACCAGGAAGGAAGAUCCGGAAAUCCAUCUGGACUCCUUCAACCAGAGUGCGACCAUGAACGGUUGCACCGAUGAAGAAAAGUGCCUUCUUUUCUUCCAGACCUUGCGGAACCGAGCCACUGAAUGGUUUAAUAAGCUUCGCCCGGGAAGCAUUGAUUCAUUCAGUGAUUUGGCCUCAAAAUUCAAGGCCAAGUUCCAGGAGAAUUGUACUAAGAGGAAGAAAUUCACCUAUCUUAGUACAGCCGGGCAAAGGGAGUCUGAGAACCUUACUCAGUUCCUUACCCGGUGGAAGGAAGAGGUGGACAAGGUGGAAGAGAUGGAUGACAAGACCGUCCUAUCCCUCCUCUUGAAUGGCUUGCGUGCUGGGGAACUAUACAAGGAGUUCUGCCGGAAACCCCCAGCCACGUACCAAGAAGCCUACCAUACUGCAUGGGAGUUUGCUGAAGCCGAAACCCAGCUCCGGGCAAAAAGAGAAGCUGAACAUGGUCACAAGCCCAAGCCGGUGCAAGUCAAGAAGGAAGAAGCACCGGGACCUAACCGGCCGAGGCACCACUAUGACCCGGUCAUCCGAGUGGUCAAUACGGAGGAAUGCCAAGAAGUUCGGAAAGCACCGGUCAUUCCCCCAGAAAACCCUACCGGUCAGGUAGGGCGGCAGUGGUCAGGCACCUAUUGUUCGUACCACAGGUCAGAUUCCCAUAACACCUCCGAAUGUAAGAGUGUCAAGGGAGUAAUCCGGCAGAUGAUCGACAGUGGAGAGCUGGGCAAGGAUUACUUGCAGAAAGCCCAAGAGAAGAGUCAUCAGUGGGUUAGGCCAGCUGCCCCAGGGAACGACCGGGACAAUGACCGACGGAGGAAUAACCGGCCAAGGGAGCGGCAACCUGCCCCCGAAAAGGAACACAUCGGUGGAAGACCCUCCAGACCCAGCUGCCAUAGUGGAAGACCCUCCCGGUGUAAGGAUCCCCGCGCAUGAGGACUUCAAGACUCGCCUCCAAGUCAGGGGAGGAAGCCGGUGCAGCGUACUCUUGGUCAAGGAGAUGGUCAUUCCUAUUCAGACUGGCCAGAGGAGUGAAGAAGGGGGGAAACUCGAUGAAAACAAACUUUUCCUUCCAUC